AACUGGUCUGUAACGGUGGCUCAUCUGGACUCAAUCAGCGGUGGCUUGGCUGACAGCUUGAUCUGUCUCAUUUAUCCUCUCACAUCAAAGCACUAAAGUAAACGUAUUACCCACACUAAAAACGACAUUUGCAUGGGUUUUACACACACACACAAGCAGCCUCCAGAUGUUCCGGUCAUGCUUGCAGCCCUACUAUGGGCAACCUGGCCAGUGGCAGGACCCUUUCCACAUCUUCCAACAGCUUUCAUCAUUCCCCUGCAUUGAUGGUGGACGACCCCUUUGCCAACCCGAACACUUGGUGGGAAUCGACUGCAGCAGGUGGACAGGAUGAAAUCCAGCUGAACCUGGAGUCCAGGUUCUUCCUGACCCAUGUAGUGAUGGUUUUUCACUCGCCUCGUCCUGCUGCCAUGAGCCUGGAGCGCUCACAGGAUUUUGGGAACACGUGGGAGACGCUGAAGCUCUUCGCUGACAACUGUAGUGCCACAUUCGGGGUGCUUGAUGAUGUUAACCAAAAGGGGGCACUUUGUACUUCCAGAUACUCUAGCGCCAAGCCUUGCACAGGUGGAGAGGUCAUAUUUCGUUCCCUGGCUCAGAACAAUGGCAUAGCAGACCCGUACAGUCCUGCAGCUCUGUCCGUAAUGACCCUCACCAACCUGCGCAUCCGUCUCCUCAAACCUCAUCACUGUCCUGCAUCACGCUUCAUUUCCUCAAGGGGACAACGCAAUGCUUCACCCCAGGAAAACAGCAUCAGAUGCCUGCCCAAUUCAUCAGGGUCACAUCACAACGCCACAAGGUCUCAUUCUGACCCGUACGCCAUCUAUUCACUCCUGGCACUAGGAACAUGUCUGUGCCAUGGGCACGCAGAACACUGCCUUUCGAUUGGAAAAGGGCAAGAUACGCUACCAAGCAGUGAUAAGGUGCAGGGUGCGUGUGUUUGUACUCACCACACUGCAGGUACGCACUGCGAAAGAUGCGCUCCACUGUACAACGAUCGACCCUGGAGGGCGGCCAACGGGAGCAGUGGAGAACCGAACCCCUGUCAGAAAUGUGAGUGUCAUGGCCAUGCACGGAGCUGCCACUUUUCUCAGCGGGUGUGGAACUCCACCAGGGGAACCAGCGGAGGCGUCUGUGAUGACUGCCAGCACAACACGGCGGGCCGCAGGUGCCAGCGCUGCCGCCCAGGCUAUCGACGCCACUCGGCUCGCCCUAUAGACUCUCCACAAGCAUGUACACGCUGUUGGUGUGACCCAGUCGGCUCAGUACCCGCCAAGUCCAGCGGUGAGGCAGCAUGGUGCCACCCCAGAAGUGGCCAGUGCCACUGUAAGCCUGGUGUCGGGGGCACCAGCUGCAGCCACUGCCUCCCCGGAUACUGGGGUUUUGGACUGGAGGGCUGCAGGCCCUGCACAUGCCCCCUGACCUGUGACCCAGUUACUGGUCACUGCUUCGAUAGCAAAACCAACACAGAAUUUUACAACAUUCCCAUCGGAGGUAAAAUCCAUGACUUAACCCACUUCCACCCUCACAAUGAGGACAAGACCUGGUCCAAGGAACUCACAGUCUCUGCCCAGUAUUAUACAGGGAAAUGCAGCUGUAAAGAAAGAAAGCUGAAAGGUGUGUCCGAUCUGUGCAGGAUGAAACAUUCCUACGUAAUCAAAGCCAGCGUGCUGUCGGCACACGAUAAAGGUACCCAUGUGGUGGUGUUGGUUAAAGUGAGGAAGGUUCUGCGAUCGGGCAUGGUGCCACUCUCCCAGGGAAUGCACAGUCUGUAUCCGCUGUCCUGGACCAGCCGUGGCUGUACCUGCCCCAUCCUUAACCCAGGAGGAGAGUAUCUGCUGGCAGGUUCAGAGGAAGCAAAAUCCGGGAGGCUGCUGGUCACCAUGAAGAGUCUGGUAGUGCCAUGGACGCCAACCCUCGGCUCUCUCGUCUCUAAAGCUCUGCAGCAGGGCUGCAUAUAAAGGGAACUACAGCGUGGACACUUUAAAUGGGCGCCCGAAAAUACAGUAAAACCUCAGAAGAGGCUCAGACCUCAGAUACUGAAUAAAGUCUGAUCAGAUCACAGGUAUCAGCAGCAUUUCCACCAGUUACUAAACCUGUAUUCUCUAACAGCCAGUCAUACAGCACUAAUGGUAAAAGAAUAUCUGACUUACCCAGUACAUCGUAUUUAAUUUUAUACCAGUUACUUGAUUUUCCUCCGAGUUCUUUUUGAAUAGUUUAUUUUUUGUACAUUUGAAUUAAAAAAAAUC